AUGCCUAAAGACCCAAUGCUAAUAGCUUCUAUGCAGUCAGGAGGAAGCUUCUCCAACAUAAGAGUGAUACAGAAGAACCUCGUGUACAUAAUAUGCAUCCCACAGAAGUACGCCGAUGAGGGUGUCUUGAGUAGACAUGAGUUUUUUGGACAAUUUGGAGCGAUUAAGAAAAUAGUAGUCAAUAAGAGGACUUCAUCACUCGAGUCCACAGCCAGUGCCUAUAUCACGUAUAGUACAGACGAAGAAGCAAAAACUUGUAUACAAGAGGUCGACGAAAGCCUUCUGGAUGGAAAGGUUUUGAAGUGCACCUAUGGAACAACAAAAUAUUGCACAUUCUAUCUGAGGAAUGCAAUAUGCCAAAACAGCGAUUGCAUGUAUCUACACGAGAAUAGAUCCCAGAAGGAUAUUCUAACAAAAGAUGAGAUGUGUAGUUCGAAACACAAGCUACACGAGUUUGAGAUUAGAAACAAAAACAAGAAAAGAAUAGGUAAAAGGUAUGACUUUGAUAUUCUUAACGAGCUUUUCAAACACAAGACAUCUAGAGUCUUCAAAGCCCCAGAAAGGAUUCUCUUUGAGCCUUUAGACUUCACAAACUGA